AUUUGGACAACAAUUUACACACGUGCACACUGGUUCUAAUUUCCUCCACUGCUUCAACUACCGUUAUCACUAAAACCCAAGGUAUGCCUAGCAUCACACAUACACACACUCUUGCUGGGUUUCAUUGUUACAAAUUCCAUAACAAAUUCAUUCACUGAUCCAUGGAACUUGUUUGUAAGUAGGUCACUGUGAAUCAUGGCCUCGCUGAAGCUUUCCAUUUCGUUGGAAACCUAUGAUUCCAAGAAGUUCAAUGUAAACCCACCUCAACCCUUGAAUUGGUGCUCUGUUUCUUCAAUUUUUAGUUACAUUCAUGUAAGUAAAGCUUGUACAAUCAAUUCCUUGAAUAGGGUCACUCACAUUAAGGUCUCUCGGUUUGAGACUGACUUGCCCAACACUUCUGAGUCUAAUGGUUUUGAUAAUGAGAGCUUGGUUGAGAAAAGGCUGUUGGGUACGAAGAAGGGGAUUAAAAGGGAGGUGGGUUUGAAAUAUAGGUUCAAAAGGUAUGGUAUUGAACGAGAAAUAGAGAAUUUGUUUGUGGGUGAUGGUGAAUUGGAUGUUAAUUACUCUGCUAUUGGGCCUGGCUUGAGCUUAGAGCAUUGUAAUGCUGUUUUGAAACGGCUCGAGAAGUGUAGUGAUAGCAAAACUCUGACAUUUUUUGAGUGGAUGAGAAACAAUGGAAAGUUAGAGCAGAAUGUGAGUGCUUAUAAUUUAGUUCUUCGGGUGAUGGGUAGAAGACAAGAUUGGGAUGCAGCGGAGACAAUGGUUCGUGAAUUAAGUAAUAAAUUUGGUAGUGAAUUAGAUUGUCGGGUUUUUAAUACAGUUAUUUAUGCUUGUUGUAAGUUGGGGCGAAUGGAGUUGGGUGCAAAGUGGUUUCGGUUGAUGUUGGAAAAAGGGGUUCAGCCUAAUGUUGCUACUUUUGGGAUGCUCAUGGGACUUUACCAGAAGGGUUGGAAUGUUGAGGAGGCAGAGUUUACUUUUUGCCAAAUGAGGAAUUUUGGGAUUGUAUGUCCUUCUGCAUACUCGGCGAUGAUCACAAUUUAUACCCGAUUGAGGUUGUAUGACAAGGCGGAAGGGGUUAUUGGCUUAAUGAGAGAAGAUAAAGUGGAAAAAAAUCUGGAGAACUGGUUGGUAAUGCUGAAUACGUAUAGUCAGAAUGGCAAAUUAGAGGAAGCUGAGUUGGCAUUGGUCUCGAUGCAAGAAGCAGGGUUUUCCCCAAAUAUUGUUGCAUACAAUACAUUGAUAACUGGGUAUGGGAAGGUAUCCAAUAUGGAUGCUGCUCAACGUGUGUUUCUGAGCAUUCAAGAAGUUGGACUAGAACCUGAUGAAACAACUUAUCGUUCCAUGAUUGAAGGUUGGGGUCGUGCAGACAAUUAUAAGGAGGCAGAAUGGUACUACAUGGAGCUCAAGCGGUUGGGAUACACUCCUAACUCAUCUAACUUGUACACGCUAAUAAACCUGCAAGCCAGACAUGAGGAUGAGGAGGGUGCUGCCAGAACUCUUGAUGAUAUGCUGAAGAUGGAAUGCCAACAUUCCUCUGUCCUUGGAACUCUUUUACAGGCAUAUGAGAGGACUGCAAGGAUUGAUAAAGUGCCCCUAAUUUUGAAAGGUUCGUUAUAUCAACACGUUCUUGUUAACCAGACUUCUUGCUCCAUUUUGGUCAUGGCAUAUGUGAAAUACUGCAUGGUGGAUGAUGCAAUAAAACUGUUGGGGGAAAAACUCUGGAAGGAUCCACUUUUUGAGAAUAACUUGUAUCAUUUGUUGAUUUGCUCAUGCAAGGAGUGGGGUCAUUUUGAGAAUGCUAUUAAGAUAUACACUCAAAUGCCCAAACAUGAUGACAAGCCAAACUUGCACAUUUCAUGUACAAUGAUUGACAUUUACAGCGUCAUGGGUCUUUUCCCUGAAGCCGAGCAACUCUAUUUGGAGUUGAAAUCUUCGGGAAUUUCUUUGGACAUGAUUGCUUUUAGCAUUGUUGUGAGAAUGUAUAUCAAAGCUGGAUCUUUGAACAAGGCUUGCUCUGUUUUAGACAUGAUGGACAAGCAGAGAGACAUUGUUCCAGAUGUUUAUCUGUUCCGUGAUAUGCUUCGCACAUAUCAGAGAUGUGGUAUGUUGGAUAAAUUAGCUGAUCUAUACUAUAAAAUCUUGAAGAGUGAAGUGACUUGGGAUCAGGAAAUGUACAAUUGUGUGAUAAACUGCUGUGCUCGUGCUCUGCCAGUUGAUGAGCUUUCUAGGCUUUUUGAUGAAAUGCUUCACCAUGGGUUUUUUCCUAAUACCAUUACCAUCAAUGUGAUGCUUGAUGUGUAUGGAAAAUCCAAGCUUUUCGUGAAAGCUAAAAAGUUGUUCUGGAUGGCUCAAAAACGAGGUUUGGUAGAUGUGAUCUCGUACAAUACUAUUAUAGCUGCAUAUGGCCAAAAUAAAUACUUCAAGAACAUGUCAUCAACAGUUCAAAAGAUGCAACUUAAUGGCUUUUCGGUUUCACUUGAAGCCUACAAUUGUAUGUUGGAUGCUUAUGGGAAAGACAGGCAAAUGGAGAUCUUUAAAAGCGUCUUACAGAGAAUGAAGGAAUCAGAUUGUGCUUCUGACUACUACACAUAUAACAUAAUGAUAAAUAUAUAUGGAGAACAGGGAUGGAUUGAUGAAGUAGCUGGUGUGCUCACAGAAUUGAAAGAGCGGGGACUUGGACCUAAUUUGUGCAGCUAUAACACAUUGAUCAAGGCAUAUGGAAUUGCAGGAAUGGUUGAAGAUGCUGUGCAUUUGAUUAAGGAAAUGAGAGAAAAUGGGAUAGAACCUGAUAAGAUAACCUACACCAAUCUGAUCUCUGCACUGCGUAAGAAUGAUAAGUUUUUGGAGGCCAUUAAGUGGUCCUUGUGGAUGAAGCAGAUGGGUUUGUGACAUGGACAACCAUAUAUAAUAUGUUCGCGUGUUUUGCUUUUUAAGCCUCUCUACACUUGAAAGAAGCCUGGGCUCUAGGAUUCAGAUUCUACUCUAACUCCUCUCAGAAUUUAGUUCUGUGCACAAUUAUAUUGGUUUGUGACAUCUGGUGCUGCUGCAGGGACCCGUAGACAGGACGGUAGGUCCAUGUGUGUCCCUUCUGUUUUGCUUGCGGAAACUGAUGUAAUUUGUUCCUUAUUGUAAAGUUAGAUAGUCCAUUGUGAGCUGCAGCUCAAACAGCUUUCGAGAGGUUGAAUGAUUUUGCUGAUUGUAGCGUAAGACAAACCAUGUGUUUUGACAGUUAAAGUAGCAUAUCUGCUUAUAUUAGGGGUUCUCCAACAGAAUUGAACUGUUCUUUAAACCGAAGCCAACAAGCAGUACAGGAAUUUGGUUGGCAUAAGCUGUAAAAGAAGAUAAAAAAUUACAAACAGGCAUCUUGGUAAAUGCUAUGACUAAGAGAGGUACAAAAAAAAUGAAGGGGAGGUAAAAUGCCACUAAAGAACUCAAAUGAGGCCACAGAUGUCACACUUCUCUAAAGAGUAGAUGCCACUAAGGCGACUUUCUAUGGUUGUGCUAAGAGUUUAACUUUUGGGAACACAGCAGUGUUGCUUGUUCAUCCUGUCAAAGUAUUGCAGUUCAUUCAAGGACUGGUAUCUGUAACUCUAAUCUGAUUAUUUUACCCCAUAAAUCAAUGUGGAUUGAAACAGUUAUAUAUAGAUAUCUUCAGCAUUUGGCUUUGUGAUUUCA